GUUUGUGGGCGGCCACGGUGGGGAUUGCGGCCCGGGGAUGCGCUCCUGGCCCCUCAGCGCCCGCAGCACGCCCGGGUGUCCCGCUCGCCAUGGGCCACCCACCACCCCUCCUGCCCCUGUGUGCUUCUGUGUCUUUGCUCGGUGGCUUGACCUUUGGUUAUGAACUGGCAGUCAUAUCGGGAGCGCUGCUGCCACUGCAACUUGACUUUGGGCUAAGCUGCUUAGAGCAGGAGUUCCUGGUGGGCAGCCUGCUCCUGGGGGCUCUCCUCGCCUCCCUGGUGGGGGGCUUCCUCAUCGAUCGCUAUGGCAGGAAACAUGCCAUCCUCGGGAGCAACCUGGUGCUGUUGGCAGGCAGCCUGAGCCUGGGCCUGGCUGGCUCCCUGGCCUGGCUGGUCCUGGGCCGCUCAGCAGCUGGCUUUGCCAUCUCCCUCUCCUCCAUGGCCUGCUGUAUCUAUGUGUCGGAGCUGGUGGGGCCACGGCAGCGGGGACUGCUGGUGUCCCUCUACGAGGCCGGCAUUACUGUAGGCAUCCUGCUCUCCUACGCACUCAACUAUGCGCUGGCCAGCGUCCCCCAGGGAUGGAGGCACAUGUUCGGCUGGGCAGCUGCACCUGCUUUCCUGCAGUCCCUCAGCCUCCUCAUUCUCCCUGCUGGUACUGAUGAGGCUGUAGUGCACAGGGACCUCAUCCCCCUCCAGGGAGGUGAGGCCACCAGGCUCGGCCUGGGCAGGCCAAGAUACUCCUUUCUGGACCUCUUCAGGGAACGGGAUAACAUGCGCGGCCGGACCACCGUGGGGCUGGGGCUGGUGCUUUUCCAGCAGCUAACAGGUCAGCCCAAUGUGCUGUGCUAUGCCUCCACCGUCUUUCACUCGGUCGGCUUCCGUGGCGGAUCCUCCGCUGUGCUGGCCUCAGUGGGGCUUGGCGCUGUAAAGGUGGCAGCCACCCUGACUGCCAUGGGGCUAGUGGACCGAGUGGGCCGCAGGGCCCUGUUACUAACUGGCUGUGCUCUUAUGGCCCUGUCGGUCAGUGGCAUAGGCCUCGUCAGCUUUGCCGUGCCCAUGGACUCAGGCCCAAGUUGCCUGGCCGUGCCCAAUGCCACCAGGCUAUCAAACGUCCCUGGAGACUCUGACCUGCCCAUGGGCUUGUCUUCACAUCCACUGCCAAUAGCCAGCAAGAACCGAGAGGAGCCAGUCUCCUCAAUCUCUGAGAAAACCAGGCGUCACCCCAGAGCUGGGGACCCCACAAGCCCUCCCGGGCCAGCCCUAAGCGCCGCCUCCCAGGCCCCGCCUUCUGCUGCCCCAGAGCGUGCCCUGCUGCACUGGAUCGCGCUGGUCUGCAUGAUGGUCUUCGUAAGCGCCUUCUCCUUUGGAUUUGGACCAGUGACCUGGCUUGUCCUCAGCGAGAUCUACCCCGCGGAGAUCCGAGGAAGGGCCUUCGCCUUCUGCAACAGCUUCAACUGGGCCGCCAACCUCUUCAUCAGCCUCUCCUUCCUCGACCUCAUCGGCGCCAUCGGCUUGUCCUGGACCUUCCUGCUGUACGGGCUGACUGCUGUCCUCGGCCUGGGCUUCAUCUACUUAUUUGUCCCUGAAACAAAAGGCCAGUCGUUGGCAGAGAUAGACCAGCAAUUCCAGAGGAGAGGGUUUGCCCCGAGCUUUGGCCACAGGCAGAGCACGUCUGGUGUCCAGUACAGCCGCAUCAAGGUCUCUGCGGCCUCCUGAGGAGUCCUUCUGCUUGGAAAAUGCUGGAACCAUGGUUUUGGCCAACAGUCUCCAGUUUCCUGCUUGCCUGGGCCCCGGAGCACAAGUUCUCGGGGUCCUUUGAGACUGAGCCCUGCUCCAGAGGGGGCCUUUUGUAUUAGGGUAAAACGGGCGGAAGUCUGAGAACCCAGACAUCUUCAUGUUCAGUCUCAGGCUCUGAGGGUUUCUGAGGAGCUGCCUUCUUACCUCAGUUUCCCCAUUAACUCUGCACAUCUCUGCAGUGCUUAUAAUGAGAACAUCUUACGGAGCUUCCAUUGUUCCCUGGGCAUUCUCAAAGAAUCUCUGGGGUACCAGUCCUGGCAGGAAGUCUCUCCUGGUAUCAUCCCUAAAUCCAGCUGAGGAUACCGUAUUCUCUGCUCUCUUUUUUCAUCUGGCUGAGACUUUUCAGCAAGGCAUAAGCCUGUUUAUUUGGCUCUGAGAUGUCAGUUUUGUUCACCCCUCUAAUUCUCUUAGCCAGAAUACUUACCAUUCACCAGCAACCCAGACUGGUUGACAGGAGGCUUGCGUUCUAGUCCUGAUUUUGCUGGUGUCAUUGCUCUAUGACUAUGGGCCUCAGUUUCCCCCAUAUGUACAGUAGGGCACCUGGGCCAGGUAGUUCCUCAGAUCUCUUCUGACACCAGUGAGUUGGAAUUCUAAAUGCUGGUAAUACAACAAAAACUCAACAUGGGACUUGCUCUCAAGUUGCUCAUCAUCUCUCUGGGGGACAUAAGUUAUUAGCAGAAAGGUCAAUAGAAGUCCAGAAUCAUAUGCACUAAAAUCUAAGAGCAUGGAAUGAGCUGCCGGAGCCGAUACCAGGAUGGCGCUGAUUGCCUUUUUGUGCAGCAAGGAGGUGGCUUUGGAGGCCGACAAACCUGGUUGUCAGUGUUGCCUGUGCCUCUUGGCAGCUAUUGACUUGGGCAAGUAGCAACUCUCUCAGGCUCCAGUGUCCAUGUCUUCAGUGUGGGGGUGAUUAUGCCCCCAGGGUGUAUUUAACCCUGUCUCCCUUUAGGAAGGUUUUCAACUGGUCCCAUUCAGCUAGCCAGGGAGUUCGGGAGAGGCAUCCAUUCACCUCAGUACCUAGGCCCCCACCUUUGGGACAUUGUAGAGGGUUGUCCCCCAACAGGUGAGUCAGAUAGAGAUUGAACAGGUAGCUCAGGCCAGAAGUCACUAGAGGGGACUGGCAAGGAGUUCCUGGAUGCUGAGAAUAAAGAGCUAGAAUAGGUCAGGGUGCUGACGUUGGACGAAGCUUUGUCGCCAUGCCCGCCCACCUGGGUGCUGAUGCAGCCCCCACAGGACACUGGUCCCAUGAUCUAUCUCCUCUCCUUUCUAGAUACAGAUGCUCCUUGACUUAUAACAUGGCUGCAUCCCAAUAAACCCAUCGUAAAGUCAAAAAUGCAUUUAAUAACAACUCACCUACUAAACAUCAUAGCUUAGAGUAGCCUAUCUUAAACAUGCUCAGAACAAUUACAUUAAUUAGCCUCCCACUGGGCACAGUCGUCUAACAAAAUGCAUACACUGUGGAGUAUCAGUUGUUUACCCUCACGGUGAGGUGGCCGACCGGGAGCUGAGGCUCCCUGCCACUGUCCUGUAGCACGAGAGGGCAGCAUACUGCGUAUCUCUAGCCCAGGAAAAGGUCAGAACUCAGAGUCCAAGUGCAUAUUGCUUUCACACCAUCAUAAAGUCAGAAAGUCGUAAGUUGAACCAUUUUAAGCCGGGGUGUCUGUACUUCCCUUAGAGCCAGCUGUGUGCCGGAGCCAGCUCGUACUGGCUUGUGGGAGCUGAUUGUUAAAUUUGCAGGAUCUCUGCAAGCUGGUGGUUAAACACAGCCAUUACAAGAAAUUAAAUUACUUAAACUUUAAAUAAAUUGUAUUAAAAAACAAAGGAAAUACUAAAAACUCAUCACUUCUUUUUAUUUUACCACAUUUUACUAUUAUCUGUGCUCUUGAGGUCAUUUAUAUCUGCUGUAUUUUAUGAGAGACAUAGAGGAGAGAUUGAGCAUUUUUUCCUGAUCCCGUCUUUGAUGACGUCAUGUUGGUCACUUGAAACUGGCUCUGAGGAAUGUAUUUGUACCACAGAGAUUGGGGAACAUUACAAACCAGGGCUUGUUUUAUUGUUUUGUUGAUUUUACAGUCUUAAGAAUGUGAUGGCUGAAAUGUUAAUAGUGCAAAAUAAACUCAAAAGUAUGCCUGUUGAGUCCAAAACCAGUACAUUGGGAGUGUCACAAAAAAUCGAGGAAAUAUUGUUCCAGGAUGUGAGCUGUUAUCCAAUGCAGCAAGCACAUUGCUCAUGUCAUUGAUGAAGGAGUUCCGACAUGCAUCUUCAUUGUUAUACUUUUGUCUGACAAAUUAACAUGAACAGAAAUUUCAACCAGGGUCCAUGUCGGAACCAGUGAGCAACUUCUUGCUGAGUGGUCUUGUUAUCAGGCAACUAUUCAGUCUAAUUUUGUCCACUCAUGGAUUAAUGGCAGUAAUAGUUGUUUGUGCAUACAAUAGUUUGGCAAAAAAUAAUAAACAUUCUGUGAGAAUUAAU